AUGGUGGAAAAAGUCUACGUGACGUACAAUGAGAUCCAUAAACUAUGCCAGACAUCGGCCGAGAAGAUUUUGAAUGACUUCCAACCCAAUCUUAUGAUUGCCAUUGGAGGGGGCGGAUAUGUGCCAGCGAGAAUCCUGAGAUCAUUCCUCAAGCGACCCGGUGCACCGAAUAUCCCCAUCCAGGCCAUUGGUCUUUCGCUCUACGAACAACUCUCUGGCUCAGACCCUGUCGAGGCACCAGGCACAAAGGUCACGCGGACACAAUGGCUGGAUCUAUCCUCACUUGAGAUGAAGAAUUUGAUUGGGAAGAGCGUCUUGAUCGUUGACGAAGUUGACGAUACGCGCACCACGCUAGAAUAUGCAGUCAAGGAGUUGGAAAAGGACGUGGAAUUGGCGAGGCAACAACAAGGAAGAACCGAGAAGACAAAGUUUUCCAUCUUCGUGCUGCAUAACAAGGACAAGGAGAAGAAAGGACACCUCCCCGAAGACAUGCUCAACGAGAAUCGGUAUCUGGCAGCCGUCACCGUUCCCGAUGUAUGGAUCUGCUAUCCCUGGGAGGCCACUGACAUUGACGAGCACGACCAACUCGCCCAAACACACGGCGUCAAAUGA